AGCUUACUUAAAAACAAGCAAAAACAAAAAAUCCUCUUCAAGAGACACUGUUAAGAAAAUGAAAAAGCAAGCCUUAGGCAAACCAUAACUGAUAAAGGACAAAAUUGAACAAGCAUUACAUCAAGGAAGAUAAAACAAAUGGCUAGUAAGUGCCAAAGCGUGAAGUUAUUACUCAUUAAGGGUGUGAAGUUAUUGCUCAUUAAGGAAAUGAAAAAUUGUGACACCUCUACAACUCAAUAGAAUGAAGUUACAGAGACUGGCAUUGGCAUUGUCCCCUGUCAGUGACAAGGGAGGAAUAGAUGGAAUGCUUACACAUUGCCCGUGGGAAGGUAAAAAGGUAAAAAGCGACUUUAGAGAACAGUUUGGCACAUUAUUUUAAUAACUGCAGCUUCAUAGUACUUGCAAUCAAGUAGUGUGAAUCUUCCAACUUUAUCCUCCUUUAUCAAAGUUGCUCUCUCCUGGUUCAAACAUUACAACAAGCUACCUCUUGUCCAAACUUAAGUAUUAUACUAACCCUAUGACCCAGCAAUUCCACUCCUCACUAUUUACCCAAGAGAAGUAAAAACAUAUGUCCCCAUGAAAGUCUGUGCAGGAAUAUUUAUAAGAGCUUCAUUUAGGAUACUCCAAAAUUAGAAACACCCCCAAAUUCCAUCAGCUGGUAUAAAGGAUAAGCCACAUGCAAACAAUGAAUGCUGUUUCACAGUAAAAAGGAAUGAACUACUAAUUCAUGCAACAACACGGGUGAAUCUCAAAGGCAUUCUGCUGAAUGAAAGAAGACACAAGAGACUACGUAUGGUAUGAUCCCAUCUCUCUGAAGUUCAAGAAAAGACAGAAUUAUAGUGACAACAGGUCAGUUGUUGCGGGAUUGGGGAUUGACUGUGGAGGGGUGUGGGGAACUUCCCGGAGUGAUGGGACGGUUCUAUCUCAUGAUCGCGGGACUGGUUACAUAACUACACAUUUGUCAGAUCUCAUCAAAUUAAUACAUCUAAAAGUGGUAAGUAUGGAUCCUGUACCCCAUUAAUCCAAUUAAAAGAAAGUGUGUUAAUGUAGAUUUGGGUUUGUGGGUACUCGCUGUAAAUUUUUUCAGAUCUGUUUUAUGUUUCAUUGUUUUCAUUUUAACAUAUUUCAAAAGAUAUGAACUUGAGAUGAAGUUCACCAGAGAAGAAUACUCCAAAUUUUACAGCCUGAGUUGUUGUUCCCAAGGGGUCCCUCUAUGUGACCUGCUUAGGCUCUGUUAUUGCAGGAAGGUACACUGAAGGGAUCAGGCCGUUGGACAUGGCUGAGGAUAAAGGCAAGAGAGACUCCAUCGGGAUGAGUCUGCGGGGAUGCCGGACAAACAACGGGUUUGUGCAGAAUGAAGACAUCCUGGAGAAGGAGCUGGACCUGGGCAGUCUGCCAGACAGCGCAGUGGCCAUUCUUGGCCCCGCUGAACCUGCCCUGCAAGGCAUCAGGCCGUACGCGGGCAUGCCCAAGGAGGUGCUGUUCCAGUUCUCUGGCCAGGCCCGCUACCGGGUGCCCCGGGAGGUGCUCUUCUGGCUCACCGUGGCUUCUGUGCUCGUCCUCACUGUGGCCACCAUAGCCAUCAUCGCCGUGUCGCCCAAGUGCCUGGACUGGUGGCAGGCAGGGCCCAUAUACCAGAUCUACCCGAGGUCUUUCAAGGACAGUGACCAGGAUGGGAACGGAGACCUGAGAGGUAUCCAAGAGAAACUGGACUACAUUGCAAGUUUAAAUAUAAAAACUAUUUGGAUUACUUCAUUCUAUAAAUCAUCCCUUAAAGAUUUCCGACACGGUGUUGAAGAUUUCCGAGAAAUUGAUCCUAUUUUUGGAACGAUGAAAGAUUUUGAGGAUCUGGUUGCAGCCAUACAUGACAAAGGUUUAAAAUUAAUAAUCGAUUUCAUACCAAACCAUACCAGUGAUAAACAUGCUUGGUUUCAACUGAGUCGGAAUCGGACAGGGAAAUACACUGACUAUUACAUCUGGCAUGACUGUAGGCGUGACAGUGGCACAACCACACCACCCAACAACUGGUUAAGUGUAUACGGAAACUCCAGUUGGCACUUUGACGAAGUACGAAACCAGUGUUAUUUCCACCAGUUUUUGAAAGAGCAACCUGAUUUAAAUUUCCACAAUCUUGACGUUCAAGAAGAAAUAAAAGAAAUUAUACAGUUCUGGCUCAAAAAAGGUGUUGAUGGCUUUAGUUUCGAUGCUGUUAAAUUUCUUCUAGAAGCAGAGCAUCUGAGAGAUGAAGCCCAAGUGAAUAAGGCUCAAAUACCGGACACGGUGACACAUUACUGGGAGCUGUACCACGACUUCACAACCACGCAAGUGGGAAUGCAUGACAUUGUCCGGAGCUUCCGGCAAACAAUGGACCAGUACAGCAGGGAGCCUGGGAGAUACAGGUUCAUGGGGAUUGAAGCCUAUGGAGAGAGCAUUGACAGGACCAUGAUGUACUAUGGGCUGCCUUUUAUUCAAGAAGCAGAUUUUCCCUUCAACAAUUAUCUCAGUAAGCUAAACACUCCUUCUGGGAACAGUGUGUUUGAGGUUAUCACAUCCUGGAUGGAAAACAUGCCAGAAGGAAAAUGGCCUAAUUGGAUGAUUGGUGGACCGGACAACGCCCGGCUGACUUCUCGUUUUGGGGAAGAAUACGUCAACAUCAUGAACAUGCUUAUUUUCACACUCCCUGGAACUCCCAUAACUUACUAUGGGGAAGAAAUAGGAAUGAGAAAUAUUUUAGUCACAAAUCUCAACGAAAGCUAUGAUGUUAAUACCCUCCUCUCAAAGUCACCAAUGCAGUGGGACAAUAGCUCAAAUGCUGGUUUUUCUGAAGCCAGUCACACCUGGUUACCCACCAAUUCAGAUUACCAUACUGUGAAUGUUGAUGUCCAAAAGACUAAAUCCAGAUCAGCACUGAAGUUAUAUCAAGACUUAAGUCGGCUUCAUGCCAAUGAGCUGCUCCUCAGCAGGGGCUGGUUUUGCUAUUUGAGGAAUGACAGCCACUCUGUUGUGUACACAAGAGAGCUGGAUGGCAUCGACAGAGUCUUUCUCGUGGUUCUGAAUUUUGGAGAAUCAACAACAGUCAAUCUAAAGGAAAUGAUUUCUAAUAUUCCCACGAGAGUGAGGAUAAGGUUAAGUACCAAUUCGACCUACGAGGGCAGUGAAGUUGAUACGUAUGGCAUUUUACUGGACAAAGGAGAAGGCCUCAUCCUUGAAUACAACACGAAAAAUCUCCUUCAUCAUCAAACAGCUUUCAGAGACAGAUGUUUUGUUUCCAACCGGGCAUGCUACUCCAGUGUAUUAAACAUACUGCACAGCUUGUGUUAGGCACCUUUAUGAAAGAGAUGAAGACACUGGCAUAUCCUGUUCUAUUACAAGCAUGUGCAGUAACUUCAUGCAUAGCACACUGCUGGGUGAAUACAACUUGAAUGUAAUGGCUUUAGAAAAGGUUCCCAAAUGUUUUUUAAAAAUAAUAAAAUUAUCGCUUGUAGAACUUGUAACUUUACUGAGAUAGCAUCAAUAUAAGAGAUGAUCAGAACACCUUAGGACUCCAGAAUAUUAGAUAGAUCU